UAUAUACUUCCAUUCCGAGCGUCGAUCGGGGAAACAGUCGGAUCCACAGCUGUCGGCUCCGAGCGGACGCGAUGCUUCGAAAAGAGCUCCUUGUUCAGUGCGUCCUUUUGUUGGCGGCAUUGGGAUGGCUCGGGUCCGAUGCUGCGAGUACCGCAACGGUGGGGCAGACGACACCCUCUUCUUACCAGAAGUCAGUUUCCUCGACGACGUCCGUAACCAUUGCAGCCACUACAGGAGACGCUUCCACGCAAGGAAACAGAGCAACGGUGCCUCUGACCACUCCCAGUACGUCUACAGCGAGCGCAAUUAGUAAUGCAACAGCAGCCACUGCAGGAGCCGUCUCCACGCAAGGAAGCACAGCAACGGUAUCUCGGACCACUUCCAGUGCCUCUACAACGAGCGCAGUCAGUAAUGCCACAGCAGGAGCCGUCUCUACGCAAGGAAGCACAGCAAUGGUAUCUCGGACCACUCCCAGUGCCUCUACAACGAGCGCAGUCAGUAAUGCCACAGCAGCCACUGCAGGAGCCGUCUCCACGCAAGGAAGCACAGCAACGGUAUCUCGGACCACUCCCAGUGCCUCUACAACGAGCGCAGUCAGUAAUGCCACAGCAGCCACUGCAGGAGCCGUCUCUACGCAAGGAAGCACAGCAAUGGUAUCUCGGACCACUCCCAGUGCCUCUACAACGAGCGCAGUCAGUAAUGCCACAGCAGCCACUGCAGGAGCCGUCUCCACGCAAGGAAACACAGCAACGGUAUCUCGGACCACUCCCAGUGCCUCUACAACGAGCGCAGUCAGUAAUGCCACAGCAGGAGCCGUCUCCACGCAAGGAAGCACAGCAACGGUACCUCUGACCACUCCCAGUACGUCUACAGCGAGCGCAAUCAGCAAUGCCACAGCAGCGCUGGAUCUGGACGCCGGCUGCAACGAGGCCGUCUGCUCGCGCCCGCACUGCGCAUGCGCCUCCGACAAGCCCCCCGCAGGCAUGCGACCCGACCAGGUGCCACAGUUCGUGACGCUGACGUUCGACGACGCCGUGACGGUGACCAACAUGGCCUUCUACCGCGAGCUGCUCGAGGGCUUCGCCAGGAAGAACAAGGCGAACGGCUGCGGCAUCGCGGCCACUUUCUUCGUGUCGCACGAGUACACGGACUACGCGGCCGUCAACGCACUGCACUCCUGGGGCAACGAGAUCGCCGUGCACUCGAUCAGCCACCGAACCGACUGGGACUACUGGAACACCAUCAACAGCACCCAGUGGGAACGGGAGAUGCUGGAUCAAAAGGUCAUGAUGGAGACGUUUGCGAAUGUGCCAGCGUCGGACGUGACCGGUGUCAGGGGCCCAUUCCUCUACACCGGAGGAGACCAACUCUUCCGCAUGCAAGCGCAACAUUUCCGGUACGACUGCACCCUGGUCCACCAGCGCGUCAGACGUGGCGCCGAAAACCCCGUCUACCCGUACACCAUGGACUUCGGCUUCCGACGCAGCUGCAUGGUGUACCCGUGUCCCGAGCGCACCUACCCGGGACUCUGGGUGGUGCCCAUGAAUGUGCUCUUCCGCGAGCGCGAGGGCCAGGACUUGCCGUGCGCCAUGGCAGACAUGUGCGUGCCGCAGCCGGUCACGGCCAACGACACCUUCGAGUACCUCAGGUGGGCGAGAAAGUGGAUGAGGCAAAGUAAGCAGGAUGGUUGGCGCGUGAAUGAAUGAAUGAACGAGAAUUAA